CUGGGAGCUCUUCCUGCACAGAAUGCCUGCUUUGCCUAGCCCUCGCCUUCCAUUGUCUAAGUCCUUCAUCCAGGCUGAGGAAGGAGAAGGCUCCAAGUCUUUCUGUUUGGAGAAUUCUUACUGAAUGUAUCUUAGUCGCUGUUGGGGUGUUUCUUGGCCAGCUGUUAUGGCCUCAGGGAUCUGUUUAUGAGCUUGUGGUUUCUCCAAGCAAUAGAACAGUCUGAGAUCUCUGCAAACCUUGAAGCUUUGGGCUCAAUCCUACCAUUGAAUGCUGGCCUUUGCCUGUUUAUGGAUUCGGAUUUCUACCCGUGGCUCUGAGAUCUCCGGAAUCUGCUGGUGAUAUGUAGAAUCUUUUCGAUCAGGGCUCUUUAGAAUUCUGAGGCUUGGGGAUCUUGGAAGCAGCGAUCCACUGGAUCUUUUACAGACCAGGAGCGUUGUCUGCUGGCUGCUUUUCCUGCUCUCCCUCCCAGGAGACGAACGCUUGAGCCUGAGAUGGCAGCCACCCUGCUCAUGGCUGGGUCCCAGAUCAGACUUAAUGCCAUUGCCUUCUCGACAUUUCUAACCAUGUCUCUAAUUUCAAGAAGAAAAGCUGGUACUAAACUCCUAGGUACUAAGUAGUGAGGAAGCAUUGUGUGAUUUCAGGCCCCUGUGACAUUUGAAGAUAUGGCCAUGUACCUCACUCGGGAGGAAUGGAGACCCCUGGAUCCUACACAGAGAGACCUUUACAGGGAUGUGAUGCAGGAGAAUUACGGAAAUGUUGUCUCACUGGAUUUUGAGAUCAGGAGUGAGAAUGAAGUAAACCAGAAACAAGAGCUUAGUGAAGAUGUAGAAUUUGUGACCAUGUCCGAAGAGCCUAUUGGAGAUGCUGAGAAGAAUCCUGAAAGCGAAGAGGUCUUUGAAAGUGGGGACAGGUCGGAAAGACAGUGGGGAGACCUGGCAGCAGAAGAGUGGGUCAGCUACCCCCUCCAGCAGGUCACUGACCUGCUUGUCCACAAAGAAGUCCACGCGGACAUCCGCUAUCACAUCUGUUCGCAGUGCGGAAAGGCCUUCAGUCAGAUUUCAGACCUCAAUCGACACCAGAAAACCCACACGGGAGACAGACCCUACAAGUGUUACGAAUGUGGAAAGGGCUUCAGCCGCAGCUCCCACCUCAUCCAGCAUCAGAGGACACACACUGGCGAGCGGCCGUACGACUGCAACGAGUGCGGCAAGAGUUUCGGGAGGAGCUCUCACCUCAUUCAGCACCAGACGAUCCACACCGGGGAGAAGCCUCACAAAUGCAGCGAGUGUGGCAAAAGCUUCUGCCGGCUCUCGCACCUCAUCCAGCAUCAGCGGACGCACAGCGGGGAGAAACCGUACGAGUGCGAGGAGUGUGGGAAAAGCUUCAGCCGGAGCUCCCACCUGGCCCAGCACCAGAGGACUCACACGGGGGAGAAGCCGUACGAGUGCAACGAGUGCGGGCGAGGCUUCAGCGAGAGAUCCGACCUCAUCAAGCACUAUCGCGUCCACACCGGUGAGAGGCCCUACAAGUGCGAUGAGUGCGGGAAGAAUUUCAGCCAGAACUCCGACCUGGUGCGGCACCGCAGGGCUCACACGGGGGAGAAACCGUACCACUGUAACGAAUGCGGGGAAAACUUCAGCCGCAUCUCACACUUGGUUCAGCACCAGAGGACUCACACGGGGGAGAAGCCGUACGAAUGCACCGCCUGUGGGAAGAGCUUCAGCCGGAGUUCCCAUCUGAUCACACACCAGAAAAUCCACACCGGGGAGAAGCCCUAUGAGUGUAACGAGUGUUGGCGAAGCUUUGGGGAGAGGUCAGAUCUGAUUAAGCACCAGAGAACCCACACAGGAGAGAAGCCCUACGAGUGUGUGCAGUGUGGAAAGGGCUUUACGCAAAGCUCCAACCUCAUCACACAUCAGAGAGUUCACACGGGAGAGAAGCCUUACGAAUGUACCGAAUGUGACAAGAGCUUCAGCCGGAGCUCAGCUCUUAUUAAACACAAGAGAGUCCAUACUGACUAAGCCCUGUGAUCCCGAGUAAGAAACGACUCAAUUGAAGGUACAGUUGUAUCUGAUGUCAGUGAGCCUCCUUGAGACAGACUUCCCUUGUUUAGAACAUGGAAGAAGACCACCCUUUUGAAAUUCCGACCCACAGCUUUGGGGAUGUUAUCCCCUCCCCGCAAAUAGUUAUUUUUAUUCGAUGAUUAUUAUGUGAAUUGCUUCAUCAAAAUCAGCCCCCAUCCCAAGUAACUUGAAAGCUCAAGACCGGAGGACAAGAUGCUGGCAGAUGCUUAGGCCUGGAGAUGGAGUAGAUCUUCAGAAAGUUUUUUUUUCUCUUGGAUCUCUGAUCCAAAAAGACGGCAGUGGGAGUGCAGAACUGAACAUGGGUAUCUCUUGCUAAGGUCAUGGCAGGAGACAGGCAAACCAGCCCUGGGCUGCCAUUGCUCACACACAGCAGUAGCUGGCUCACACACUUCCCUUCCAAAGGGCUUCUUCCUUGAGUAGCUCAUUUUGGUAUCUUGCCCUCUUCUCGGCACAGGAUUGUGCACACUGAAGGCAGCCAUCUCAUCGUUUCCCAUUGUUUCUCACUUGUGUAUAGCUUGCAUGUUUUUGAAAGCUACUGGAAGAUACAAUGUGAAAGGAAAAAGGAGGCGCAGGCCUGAGGACCAAGGGCCCAUGGAUGGUGGUCACGUGACCUUAGCAAGGGUACCCAUUGAUGCUGUCAUUAAUCAGGUCUGACCUUAGCAAGAGAUGCCCAUUCAUCAGGUUUAUGCAUUUUCUUCAAAAAUCGCUUUAGGGAUCAUGGUAUGGAAACUGCCUUUAGGAAAAGAUAGGACCGUAAGUGAUGAUGGAAUUAAAGUAGGACGUGAAUUGACCCCUUCAGGGAAGGGGGCGCAGAACCUGUCCCAGGGGUGUCAGCCAUUUCUGGGUUCUUAGCCAUCUAACUUUUAAGAUCACUUGCCCCGUACUGCUAACUCUAGGAUUUGAUAGGGCCACACCCGAGUCUUUAUCGUAGCUUGCAUAAAGGCAUGUGUAUGUACAGUGAAAUGUGUAUUCUAAUAGCAGACACGGAAUUCAUAAGAAUCAGCAUGUUCUUAUGUGAUGUAGAUCAUAAGACAGAACUGUAGACAUAACUCCGUUGUGAGAAAUGUCCUUUAUUUUUCUUUUGUGAUGGAAAGAAUUUUGACACUAGUGCUCAGGAGUGCACUGUCCUGUAAGGUUUUGUUUUGUACAGAACCAAACUCUUGUUUGUAUGUGUCCAUCAGUUGUGAGAUAAUGACUGAACAAUUAAGUCCUUUGUCAUUUCUCAGACUGAAUUAUCUUCUCCUGUGAAGAAAACCUCUUUGGCCUCAUCAGAAGAAAUGAGUAACCCUAAAGAGGAAUGUGUUUCCGGCCUCCUGAUAAAAAUAGUUAAACGAGAGUUGACGCAGUGUAGCCCAGUACCUCAGCUCUCCUUCUCUCAGCCCGAGCAGGAAUUGAGAUAGGCCGGAUAUUGGUGCUUAUCCAGCCCCAUGGGGAUGGCCGGGAACCGGUGCCCAGUGGCUUUCUAUGGUGCUUAGUGCAAAGUUGCAAAUGUUAGCUUUUUCUUUUUUUUAAGAAAACUUUUUUUCUGGGGGGGGGGAGGAUGGGUAAGGGUGGCACAUGCCUUUAAUCCUAGCACUCAGGAGGCAGAGGCAGGCAGAGCUCUGUGAGUUCAAGGCCAGACUGGUCUACAGAGGGAGUUCCAGGACAGCCAGGGCUACACAAAGAGACCCUGUAUUGAAAAACAACAGAAAAAGAAGAAAACCCUUCUUUGUUGGAAUUCUUUGGGAUUUGGCAUUCAGGAGUAGCACUUUCACUAGAGUCACUGUGAGCACAGCUGGGUGAUACCAGUCACUCACCAGUGACAACCUCAAAGCAACCCAUUGAAAAACCACUCCGAGGGCCUUGAAGUGGUCACUCCCAUUUGAGUAAGAACUUGGAGCAGGGCACUUGGUUUCUGUCUGUACAAAAUCUAGCCUAUCAUGGGUAUUCAUAUUUUAACUGUUAGGCAACUUACAUAUUCUUGGUAACUAAACUCAAAUAUGUUGUCUGUAUCAGUGUAGCCAGUGACUUGGGUGGAUUUCAGCAUUCUCCUGUUGCUCCUUUAAAGUCACUGUAAGUGACUGCCUGGGAGUAGCUCAUAAAAGACAGCACCUCCGACCCAACAUGUUUUCACCCCCCUUCCCCUCCCCUGUGCUUACCCUGCCCCUCCCCCCCCAGCCUCCCUUUAAAGGUUACGCUAGAGUCCCAUCUGAUGCUUUUGCCUUCUAGGAGAUGAAAGCUUGGGAAAGGUUUCUGAUUGCCUUCCCAUCUCUCCAUACAUGCACACUCCAGCUGGGUGGGCCUCCAGCUCUGCCCUCUCUCCUGAGAUCAAUUGCUGCCCACUUCCUGUGCUGAGCUGUGUGGAAGCCGUGCAUCUGCCACACUUCACUGAUGCUAUUUGCAUGCCUUCUGUUUGCAGGUCCCUGGCUGUUUCUGUACCUGCCCAGACACUCUGUGCCUGUGCUUAUGGUCGUGGAGAGUGGAUGAACAAGUAAAUGUGUAGAGCAGAUUCCCUUGGUAUUGGUCAAUUACCCUAUUGUCUUGUCUAUAGCUGUAUCAUCCUAACAGCAUUCUAUAAUUAAAGGUAUAAUUUUUAAAAUCAAAA